CACUGCGCCAAAACGGACAGUUCCAUCCUGCCUCCCUGCUCCCCUGGUCUUCCUAAAGCGACUCAAACGCGCGACCAUACCAAGCAAAAACUCGUCAAAAAAGUUAAAAUCGCUUGUAUUUUGGCGUGAUUCCCACUGAAACAUCUUCAUCAGGGAAAAAAGCUGGGUGUGAAGAUUCAGCCUAUAGGCAGGUGACAUCGAUUGGGACGGUCCUGCUGCUUGCUAUAAAAAAGGGGGGGAGACUCUGCAGACUGGGUUCUGAUCCUGUCAUUCUCAAAUCCCAAAAUGAGCUACGGAUCCGAAGCCUAUUCCUCUUCAUCCUACAGGAAGAUUUUUGGGGAGUCUCCUCGUUUCUCGACCUCACCGUCCAGAAUGAGCGCCCCCCGAAGUGGAUACCGGUCUGUGUCUAUGUCCAGGACCACCGGCUCAAGUGUGGGCUCCUAUAAGCGCGCCGGGCGCACCGGCUUCCCGUUGUCGGCCUCUCCGAUGGGGAUGGACGCGUUUGACUUCUCACAGAGCACCGCACUCAGCAACGAGCUUAAGAUUGUUCGCACCAACGAGAAGGAGCAGAUGCAGGGCUUGAACGACCGCUUCGCCACCUUCAUCGAGAAAGUGCGCCACGUGGAGCAGCAGAACAAGGCGCUGGAGGCCGAGCUGGGGGCACUGCGUCAGCGUCACGCAGAGCCGUCGCGUCUCGCCGACCUCUACCAACAGGAGAUCCGGGAGCUGCGUGCGCAACUGGAGCAGGUGUGUGCCGAGCGCGAGCGCGCCGCGCUGGAGCGCGACGCAGCCGAGGAGGAACUGCACAAGGCGCAUGAGCGCUGCGAUGAGGAGGCGCGCCGGCGCGACGAGGCCGAGCGCACGCUGCAGGCUUUCCGCAAGGAUGUGGACGACGCGUCUUUGGCGCGCCUCGACUUGGAGAGGAAAGUCGAGUCUCUGCUGGAUGAGAUCGGCUUCCUGCGCAAGGUGCACGACGAAGAGGUAGCCGAGCUCACCAGCGUCAUCCAGGCUUCACAGGUGUCCGUGGAGGUCGAGGUGGCCAAGCCCGACCUGACCUCCGCUCUCAAGGAGAUUCGCGCACAGUAUGAGUCUCUUGCCUCAAAAAAUCUGCAGUCUGCCGAGGAGUGGUACCGCUCCAAGUUUGCCGACCUGAACGAGCAGGCGAGCCGCAGCAGCGAAGCGAUUCGCGCCAGCCGAGAAGAGGUCAACGAAUUCAGGCGUCAACUCCAGUCCAGGACCAUCGAGAUCGAGAGCCUGCGUGGGACCAACGAGUCCCUGGAAAGGCAGAUCCGCGAAAUGGAGGACCGGCACAACCACGAGGUCGUCGGAUUUCAGGACGCAAUUGGUGAGCUGGAAAACGAGCUAAGGAACACUAAGAGCGAGAUGGCUCGUCACUUGAGGGAAUACCAGGACCUUUUGAAUGUCAAGAUGGCCCUGGAUAUUGAGAUUGCUGCUUACAGGAAACUUCUGGAAGGUGAGGAGACCCGCCUAAGCACAGGCAUCACCUACCCCAUCUCCAGCAUCCCAAGCUUCAACUACCAGAGCCGUAUCUACCCCACCUCUACCAAGAUCUCCAAGAAAGAAAGAGUAGAGGAUGAGGACAAACCAAUCGGAGGGUCUGACAACUCUGCUUCCAAGAAGGGUGAUUCUGGAGAGACUGAAGUUGUCACCUCCAAGAACUAAGCCUCAUCUCACUCCUUAUUUUAUCCCCCUUUCCCACUAGUCUCGUUCACUAAGAAUGUCUCAGAGAGGAAUCCAGUGUAUCUCUGUAUAAGCUCUCACUUUCUUUCCACUACAGCUACAUCACUCUUAGCAACAGGGCCUCUGUCCCCUUCAGAUAGAUCUGCACACUCUUUAGGCACAGACAUCUCUUUUCCUCUUCUACUCUCAUCACUUGUUAGCUGGUCAGGUCUGCGUUGUUCUGCAUAGGUGUUGUCUUAAAAAACCCUGAAGUGCACUAACACAGGCUAUGUUCAUUACAUUCCAGAAAGCGUAUUUGCAUUUGUGUGAAUAUGCACAAUGCAUUCAGGACUGCAUUAUAAUCAGUUCUGAAAAAUUUCGCUACAAUAUUUAGUGUUAUUAUACAAAAAACAGCACACUACUGGUCCCAUCUGAUUUCUCUACAUUUUCUUUUGCUGUAAGCCAGGAGUAUGUCAUUCAAAUGUGUGGAAGGUGAUCUUUGUCAUUUGAUUAAUUCAUGAAAAACAUAAAUCCAAAUUGGGUAUGCUUUCUUCCACAUUUGUUUCCACUUUUGAGUAGAGGCACAGACUCAGAGCAGAUACUGUAAGACACAUCUGUUUUGAACAAAUGCCUUCAUCGUUCAGUCAUUUUGAGUCAUGUGAAAUGUCUUAACUUCCUCAAUAAGCUGUCUUUAGAGAAACAAUUGACGUGUGUAAUUGGACAAUUGCAACCGUCGCUUGCUUCAGAAGCCAAAAAUAGACUUUCUGAAAGUGAAAUCAGUCCACUUGGUGCUGACCCCUGUGAUACAUGUCUCAUAUAAGGUAAAUUUUUUUUUACUUUUAUAUAUUUUGUUAUGCACAUCCAAUUACUCAGUCACACUUCUCUUUCUAUCAUCAGCUGCAUUUGAUUUACGAUCUUGCUCGAAACGCACAUGCUCAAGGUCAAAUCUUACUUUCUUCAAAUAUAUUGCCAAAGCACGAAAUUCCUCUCCAAGACUUAUCAUGGUGCCAAUCUGACUUUUCCCUGCUUCAAACUGAGUUGAGUGCAAGCAGCAGCUGAUAUUAAUGCAUGAUAUUUAAUCCUUGUUUGCAUGUCGAGUGUACAUGGGCCAUCCAGAAAUUCAUUAUUGCCAUUCAGUUCUUUUCCUAAGUCAUUUAUCCUGCUAUAUCACUCAUGCUUUGAAUCCCAGUAGACUGUAUCUGCUAAUUAUUGUACAAUGCUGCUUGGUAUGCGUGAUAGUAACACUUUUUUCUUAUCAUCAAUUUUCGGGUUAUAGAUGUAUUAGAAUGACACUUAAACCAGGUUUAUGAAGCAAAUACAAAUUUUUCAUACUUUUUUUCUCUCUGUCAAUUACAGUAAUUCUAGCCAAUCAUAGACCUCUGUGACCUUGUGUAUGUAGAAAAGUUCAAACAACGUUUUGCUCUGAGUGUGAUAUGCUGCCCUGUGAUGAAGAAAAAAAGAAAUAGUUGGAUAGCUUUACAUGUCUCAGUGCCUCAUGUGUUAGCUUUUAUGCUUCCUGGUUGGUAGCUGUCAUGAGACAUGGAACGGGUGGGAAUUGGCAGGUGAAUAAACUGAGGAGAUAAAUUGGUAAAAACAGGAAUGGAGAAAGUAAGGCCUUGCAUUUGAAGUAAAGGACAAACCUAUUUAAAAUUAGCACAAAUGUAGCACAGGUUAAAGACCUUGUUUGAGCACAAAUGUUACACAUAUGCACAAACGUAUCGUCAUCCACAAUCAACAACAAUGCACAACAACAAAAAAAAAAAAAAGGCAGGUAAUUCUCAAAAACCUUACAUUCUGUUACCGAUGGAAUGUAACUUAUAAGGAAUGGUUCAGACUAAAUCUAUAAUGUUAUAACCUUUCAGUACUGUAGGUUCACAUGUAGAAUUAACACUGAGGCACAAAGCAAAGCUUCCUGUAAGUAUUAUUUUGCAUUAUUUAACUAAUAAUCAGUGCUUGCGUGAUUUUCUUUUUCUUAAUCUGCUUGAUCACUGCCAGGUCGUGACACCACUUGCCUCAAGGCACUAUAGGCCUGACUUACUGCACUCUUCACUGUGAUCAAUUCAACUGUACUACAGCAUGUUAUAGCAGGAUAGUUUGCAUUUGGAAUAAUCCCCAAUAAAAAGUUAAAGAUUAUAAAAUAGGUUCUGGCCAGUACUAAAUUUUGUCCUUCCCUUUUUGCCUGGGGGCCUUCUGUUGGUGUGCUAAUUCACAUUAUUUAACCAAUUAAACAUCUGAUAAUGAGCUGACAAGCCAGAACAAGUGUGUUAGCACAGGGGAAAAGCAGUAAAGUACUUUUUGUAGGUCUCCAAAGCUGCACAUUAGAGUUUUUGGUCCUAAACAUAAAUGAAACUUUUCACCUUUAGGUGUCUGCACAUAUGAAAAUAGGAAGAAGAAAGCUUUAGCUAAAGGUUAAUAAUUAGAAAGCUUUGCAACACGCUUUAGCUGUAAAACACAACCGACACAAAAUCCAGUGAACGUUCUUUAACGAAUACAAAAGGCACAAGUCGACGCUACUUAAUGCUUUAGGUUAUCAAAUUGCCUUAAAUCACCAGCAGCUUGCUGAAACUAUCAGUGUGUGGGUUCAUGUGUUGUUACUGCUAAGAAUGUGCGCUCUGUUGAUCGUUGUCUCAUUAGAUACUCCAAUGCUACAAUGAAUAACCUAUUAAAUGAUGUCUGUAGGAACUGAAUGUAGAUUAUGCACUCUUGUCUUUAUCCUUUAUCUUACUGCUGUAUCACAAGUUGACCAAUAAAGACUUAGCAUUAUGAAGUCCA